CUGGGGACAAACAGUAUAAACAAGUACAUCUAUGUAGCAGUGUAACAAUGUCGUGGCGAGAAAAUGCCGGAAGGUGGGCUUGAAAAGAACGCAGGCCGACUGUUUCCACCGCCAACGAAGCUUCCAGCGGACGCGGCGACGUCAAAAGGGUAAUUACGUCAUGAAAUAGUGUCGGUGACGUCACAGAGACGAGGGGCCCAGGAGAGUCGGGUGCGAGGCGACAAGGAGCCGCAAGGAGUGUGCAUCACCACGGCGACAUCAUGACCAACAUCGCGGUGCAGAGAAUCAAGCGGGAGUUCAAAGAAGUGCUGCGGAGUGAAGAGACCAGUAAGAACCAGAUCAGUGUGGACAUGGUGGAUGACAACUUCACAGAGCUCAAUGGUGAGAUAGCAGGUCCUCCAGAUACACCUUAUGAAGGAGGAAGGUAUCAGCUUGAAAUCAAAAUACCAGAGACGUACCCCUUCAACGCACCCAAGAUUCGAUUCAUCACCAAGAUCUGGCACCCAAACAUCAGCUCUGUGACCGGCGCCAUAUGUCUGGACAUCUUGAAGGACCAGUGGGCGGCCGCCAUGACCCUGCGCACCGUCUUGUUGUCCCUACAAGCGCUCCUCGCUGCCGCAGAACCCGACGACCCGCAGGACGCUGUGGUGGCCAACCAGUACAAGCAGAACCCGGACAUGUUCAAACAGACGGCCAGGAUGUGGUCUCACAUCUACGCAGGCGCCCCCCCGCCCUGUCCCGACCACACGGGCAAGAUAGACAAACUGUGCGCCAUGGGCUUCGACAAGAAUGCUGCGAUAGUGGCCUUAUCUUCUAAAUCCUGGGUCAUCGCCAUGGCAACAGAACUGCUCCUUAGCAACUAAAAGGCCAAGCAGCAGAAGAAAAACAAGGGCCCCAAAACUCACCAGCAGCCAGCAUGGGCUCCUCCCGGGGUUUUUACUUUCUACUGCAAGCAGCGACCAGCCGCAGCAACACUCUGCUUGCUCCCUGUGUGGAAUGUGUGCUUGGCCAUACACGGAUGCUUGUUUGCUACACAGGAUUUUCUGGAACAACAAAGACUUUUUCAACAAGGCAAAAACAUUUUGAACACGAGCAAUGUUCCGUCAAGUUGAAAGAAGAGCCUUGUAAAUAAUGGCUGAUGUUUAUAUUUUGCAGUCUCCUUGAUGUCCAACAUGGCAGCUUUUAUGCUUCAAAACACUAUUUACUUAGCCCCUCCCUCUAUGCUCUUAUUUAUUUGGACUGUCAUGGUGAAUUAAAACAAAAAAUAAAAUUGUGUGAUG